UUGGCUGCUCACUCCUCCAAGCGUUUACUUCGGAUGGUUCAAGGUGAAAUUAGGGAACUGCGCUUCAUUAAGUACAGUAUUUCAUCGCGAAAAUGACAUCUCGCGCACUUUACAGUACACGCUCACAACUGUGCAGACAUCUGGCACAUAAAUAUCUGGGCAGGUCCUACAGCACACGACCAUCUCUAAAUGAAGUCGUCAUCGUCAGUGCUGUCAGAACUCCUAUUGGGUCAUUCAAAGGAAGCCUCUCCACAUUACCAGCCACCAAACUGGGCUCCAUUGCUAUUAAAGGGGCUAUUGAGAAAGCAGGAAUCCCUGUUGAGGAGGUGAAGGAGGUUUACAUGGGCAAUGUGUUGCAAGCAGGAGAAGGACAAGCACCAACCAGACAAGCUCUUCUGGGUGCAGGUCUUCCUCUGUCCACGCCGGCAACCACCAUUAAUAAAGUCUGUGCCUCUGGGAUGAAGUCCAUCAUGCUGGCCUCUCAGAGUCUCAUGUGUGGCCAUCAGGAUGUGAUGGUUGCUGGUGGGAUGGAGAGCAUGUCUCAGGUUCCUUACAUCAUGGCCAGAGAAGCACCUCCUUAUGGCGGAGUGAAGAUGGAGGAUCUGAUUGUUAAGGACGGCUUGACGGACGUCUACAACAAAUUCCACAUGGGCAACUGUGCUGAGAACACGGCUAAGAACAGCAGCAUCUCCAGGGAGGAGCAGGACGCUUUUGCUAUCAAAUCCUACAGCCUCAGCAAAGCAGCGUGGGAGUCCGGCAUCCUGGCCAAAGAGGUGGUUCCUGUAAGCAUCCCGCAGAGAGGAAAACCAGAUGUUGUUGUGAAGGAAGAUGAAGAGUAUAGGAAGGUCGACUUCAGCAAAGUCCCCAAACUGAAGGCUGUCUUCCUAAAAGAAAACGGCACUGUGACGGCAGCUAAUGCUAGUACACUAAACGAUGGCGCAGCAGCUCUUGUGCUCAUGACGGCAGAUGCAGCGCAGAGACUCAACGUCACACCACUUGCAAAGAUCGUUGCUUUUGCUGAUGCUGCCGUCGCCCCCAUCGACUUCCCAAUCGCUCCAGCCUUCGCCGUGCCCAAGGUCCUGAAGGCGGCCGGCAUUAAGAAGGAAGACAUCGCCAUGUGGGAGAUCAAUGAAGCCUUCAGUGUCGUGGUUCUGGCCAACAUCAAGAUGCUGGACAUCGACCCGGACAGAGUCAAUAUCAACGGAGGAGCCGUUUCCCUCGGACAUCCAAUUGGAAUGUCAGGGGCGAGAAUCGUAGGACACAUGGUGCACAAUCUGAAAUCGGGACAGUUCGGCUUGGCAGGAAUCUGCAAUGGAGGGGGCGGGGCUUCCUCCAUUCUGAUCCAGAAAUUUUAGAUUGCUCUUGAAGGUAUAGUUCACGCAAAAAAUUAUGAUUUUCUCACUAUCCACUCACCCUCAGGUGGUUUCAAACCUUUGUUAUACACAAAAGGAGAUGUUUUGAAGAAUGCUGAAAACCUGUAAUCAUUGACUUCCAUAGUAGGAGUAGGGCUGGGUAUUGAGUUCAAUACUUUUUAAGACUUUGGGAUGGAUAUUCAUCAUGCCGACACGGUCCAAAAGUGAGCGCUCUCUCUUUCUUUCUGUCUACAAAAAAGGUCGUUCAUGUUUUUCACUUAGAAAAAAAAUAGGCAAACGCAUUCAUUUUAAUAAUGUAUGUUCAAUAUCUCAGAAGGUAGUAUUUAUUGUGCGAACUUGUUGUAUCUACACUGCUCAUUGUAAAUGAGUACAAAUGAGUAUUUAAUGUUGUUGUCAAAGUAAUGAUUUGAUUACAGGGAUAUAUCGGUUACUGCAAUAAAAGAGACUGUUGAUUGUU